GACCCCGCAACGGCGGCAAAAGCGACCGCGCCACCCCUUCCCCUUCCCCGCCGCCUUUGCCCGCCCCGCAAGCUUCCUCCUCCUCCCCUCUCACCCAAGCCACCACCUGUCUAGAUCUCCCCAAUCUCGCCCCCGCACAUCCAGAUCUUGAGGCGGCUUAGGUGAGGCAGCGCAACCCGCUCCGUCCCGGAACCCCGUGGACUGUGGUGGUGGCGGCGGCGCCCGACCGGCCGGCAGCGGGAUGGCAUACGUGGACCACGCCUUCUCCAUCACCAACGAGGACGAGGACGACCUGGUGGGCGACGCGGUGGGGGGACGACCCCGCGGCGCGCCGGUCAAGGAGAUCGCCUUCGCCGCCGUGCUCCUCGCGUUCGGCGCACUCGGCGUCGUCGCCGGCCUCGUCAUGGCCGCCCACUGUGUCUGCGGCGACCACUCCCACGCAAAUACCGAGCUGUAGUAGAACAACCUGGAGUUAGAGAACUUCAAGGACAAGAUCAACGAGGUGACCGGCGUUAUGGCGGCUGUGUAUGGCGGCGACCAGAAGUUCUCCGGAGCUCUAUGCAAAAGAAGCUCCAUGCAAAAGCAGAUUGAAAGGAGGUCCAUGUUGAAGAAGAUUGACAGGAGUGGUAGAGCUUGUAAUACUAUAUUACUGUGAUUGCCAUUGUAUUUCUGUUGUAUGAUGUAUCUGUGUUUACCUAAAAAAUGUAUCCGUGUUGUAAUACUGUUAUUGCCAUUCUAGUUAUUAUUUCAAACAUUGUUUUUUGUC